UCUCUCCUGCAGGUGGAGCUCACAUAAACUUUUUAAAUGAUCUGUAGAAAUAAAGUUUCAUUUUAUAAUCCUGUCAUUUAAUCCAGACUCAUCGCGAACUUGUACGUUUUAAACUACUUUAGACUUUCUCCAAAAACGUCUGAAAAAGUGAAGAAACCCGCUUCAAAGUUCUGCACCGUCUUUACUUUCACUUUCACGGCAGAGAUGGCGCAGCAAAGAAAGAGCUGAUUUUAGACAUCAACUGUUGGAGCUUCUUGUGGUGUUUGAAGAGCAGCGAACAGGAUGGCAGCAGCUGCAGCAACAUCUGUAACUGAUGCUCUGCAGACCCUGAAGCGCAGCAGCAGCUACUACUUUCUACCACCUGACAUGUCUGAGCUGCUGGUUGUUCUUCUGGGGAACAACUGGUCUGAGAGGAGUUCUGUGGGGAACUUAUUACUGGGAGAGACCAAGUUCAACACUGAGGAAGAACCAGACUUUGUGACAGUCAGAGGACAGAUAAAGGAGAAAGAAAUAGUCCUCAUCAACACUCCAGAUCUGCUGAAUCCAAACAUCUCUGAAGACAAACUAAGAGAACAUGUAGAUCUCUGUGUGAGACUCUCUGAUCCUGGACCUCAUGUGUUCCUGCUGGUUCUACAGCCUGAAGACUUCACUGAGGAACACAGACGGAGGAUAUGCAGAGUCCUGGAACUAUUCAGUGAUCAAUCAUUUGAUCGAUCACUGGUUCUGAUAUCAGCGUCCAGAGAGGAGAGCUCAUUUGAAAACUUCAUGAAGAAUCCGUCCUUCAGAGACCUGAUCAGAGAGUGCAGAUACAGAUACUUGUAUCAGAAGAACCUGGAACGUUCAGAGCUGCUGACACAUUUGAGCCAAAUCAUAAAAGAGAACAGCAGAGAAGAUCUGAGUGGUGAGCAAUCUGAAGAUGCUGGUUUAACCAUGAAACCAACAUCUGAGCAGAGAAAACCUCCUCUGAACCUGGUCCUGUGUGGUAGAAGAGAAAAAGAGAAGACUUCAGCAGCUGAGACCAUUUUAGGUCAGACAGAGCUUCAUUCAGCCUCCAGCUCGUCUGGUAAAACCCAGGGAGAGGUGUGUGGACGUCGUGUUUCCCUGCUGGAGCUGCCUGCCUUGUAUGGAAAACCUCAGGAGGCAGUGAUGGAGGAAUCAUUCAGGUGUAUCUCCCUCUGUGAUCCUGAGGGCGUCCAUGCCUUCAUCCUGGUCCUACCUGUGGGUCCCCUCACUGAUGAAGACAAGGGAGAGUUAGAGACCAUCCAGAACACAUUCAGCUCUAAAGUCACAGACUUCACCCUGAUUCUGUUCACUGUGGAGUCAGAUCCUACAGCUCCAGAUGUUGUUGACUUUAUACAGAGCAGAGACAUCCAGGAGCUCUGUCAGAGCUGUGGAGGAAGAUCUGUUGUUGUCAGCAUGAAGGACAAGCAGCAGAUCCCAGAGCUGCUGGAUCAAGUGGACAAGAUGACAGAUGGAGGAUCCAAAAAUUUCAGUAAGGACAUGUUCACUGAGGCUCUGAUGAAGGUUUUGGAGCUUACAGUUCAGCUGCAAAGGAGUGAGGUUGAAAAUGUGAGCAGAGAAACUCUCAGGAUGGUCCUGAUCGGGAAGUCUGGGAGCGGGAAAAGUGCAACUGCAAACACGAUUUUAGGUAAAAACCAUUUUAAACCCAAAAUCGCCCCAAAGCCAUCGACCAAGUCCUGUGAGAAAGCAACAGGAGAACCUGAUGGACGGCCAGUCGCUGUGGUCAACACUCCUGCACUGUUUGAUGCAACUCUGUCUGAUGAUGAAUUUCAGUGGGAGAUUCUAAAAUCCAUCAGUCUGUUGUCUCCUGGACCUCAUGUGUUCUUACUGGUGCUGCAGAUUGGGAGCUUCAUACAGAAAGACGAGGACUGUGUGGAGCAGAUCAAGAGAUGUUUUGGGAAGAAGUCACAAGAUUUCAUCUUCAUCAUUUUCACCAGAGGAGAUGAGCUGGAAGAUCAGCUGUUUGAGAACUACCUCAGUAACUGUGAGGGCUUUGCGAAACUCAUCCGGGACUGUGGAGGCAGAUACCAGGUCUUCAACAACAAAGAUCCAACAAACCGCACACAAGUUAAAAAGCUGCUGAACAACAUCGACAUCAUGGUGGAGAAGAACGGCGGCAGGUACUUCACCUCUGAGAUGAUCGACGACACUAAGGAGUUAUUAGAGAUACAGCUGGAGAGAAUCCAGAAAGAGAAGGACUACGAGAUGAAGAAGAAGGAGGAGAACCUCUUGAAGAAACACCAGGAAGAUUUAAAAUUACUGCAGAUGAAAUACAGAGAGCAAACUGAACAGGAGAGAAAACUGAGAGAGAAGCAGCUGAAGGAGAAAGACGAACGCAUCAACAAGGAACGAGAGUUGAGGAAGAAAGAACGAGAGGAAGACGAGAAGAGACGAAGGAAAGAAGAAAAUCAGAAACAGGAGUGGAAGAGGAAAGCAGAAGCUGCAGAGAAUAAGCUUCGGUCAGAAAGAGAGCAGAGGGAGAACGCUGAGAGGAAGCUGGAGCUGACCAGGAGAGAAAUGAAGAAAGAACGAGAUGCCUGGGACAAAGAAAAGAAGGAGAUCUAUGAACGAAUGCAUCAGGAGGGCCGAGAGGUUCUGGAGGAUGAGAGGACCAGAAACAGGAAGCUGCUGGAAGAGCUCUACCAGAAGAGGAAGAAAUGGAUGUAUGCUUUCAUUGGUUUGCUGCUGUUGUUUUUACUGUGUUAUGUGUUUUUGAAGUGAUGCAGCAAACUCUAAAACACACACAGCAUCUGACAUAGACAUGCUGAGUAUCUGCAACUGGUGAAGAUCCUGCUUCGUCCCAACAGAACCAGCUCCAGGAACACAUCAGGAACUGCAACCUCCACAGACCUUAAUCUGAUCAAACGUCCAGCACAAAUAGAUGAAUUUCCCAGAGAAAAGUGAACGUGAGAUGUAGCAAAGCUUUUACCAGUCACUGUUAGGUCCUCGCUGCCCCCUGGUAUGAUCUUGUCGUUGAGGUUUUGUGCCUCUAGUGGAGUGUUAAAGGUUCUGGUCGGUGCUUUGUGUUCCCAGGAGUCGGCGGGUGAAUCGUUCCAUGUCAGAUGUUCAGGUUCUGCAGCUGCUGAUGGACUGAGUCUUGUUCUUUCUGCUGCUUGUGAAUCUCUGCAGACAGAUCAGUAGAAUCUCACUGCUGGUUCUUGUAUUUAAUGCCUUUCAGUUUGUAGAUCACCUUCAGUUUGUCCCUGUGGUUAAAGAACUUCAUCAUCAGCGUUCUUGGAGGGGAGUUGGCUUCCCUGUCCAGUCCGACCCAGUAUGUUCUCUCCAGAACUAUUUGGCCGUUGAUCUCCAGUAUUUCUGGCAUCCAUUUUUUCCAAGAAGGCAGGUUUACCAGCCUCAGGUUAUUUACUCAGGACCUCAUCUCCAGGUUUGACACCUUUUCCUGCAAAGCUCUGUUAGGUUUCUCCAGUUUUUUUUAACUUUAGCUCUCAUUGCAGACACUUUAUUAUCCAUCAUUUAUAUCUGUAGCCUGGUCUGUGACGCUCUUUCAGUCCGAUAUCUAUUUCCUGAGCCAUCAAGUUUGGAGAAGAACUCGGACUUCACAUCGCUAAUUGCCUUCUGUAUGGUGUCAGUGUUUUAGCUUGCUGGGCUACACUGCUAGCGCUAAAGGUAGUUAGCUUUGCUUGCUUCAUCGUUUUCCCUUUUUCUUUACUCAUCGGCAUCGCAGUACUUAGCAGAGUAGUUUGUCAUCACUUGUUCUGCAGAACCAGGUCAUAGACAGAUACUUUAUUAAUCGAGGGAAAUUCAAGGUGUUUCAUCUUUCCAGGGCGCCGCCAUAACCAGAAGUCGACUCAACAAAACUUCUAUCACUACUGAUAAAUGAUUCAUUCAGAUUCUGAAUCUGAUUGAAUCAUUUAUCAGUAAUUAUGAGUCACAUGACGAACCUCUGAGGAUGGCUGAGUCGCUGUUUCAUUGAUGUUUGUACCGACUUUAAGCAGGCAGCACCUCAGAUGUGCCAAAACCUGAGUUGUUAAAGUUUCUCCUGCACAUAUUAAGAAGGUGUUUUAUGUCAGACCUGAAUCAUUGUUAGAAUUUGAAAUGGUCUCUUCACCACAGACCAGUGAUUUUACAUUUAAAGUUUACAAGUUUGGUCUUUUCAGAGAAUCAUCUAUGAACCCCAGACUGCUCUUUGUCAUCACUAUCUGUUAUCUGCUUCCUUGUGCAAAGCCUCAUGUACUGUACAUACAUUAAUAUAAGGAAUGUGAGUUUUUAUUCAAGGUUUUAGCACUAAACUGGACAUUAAUAUAUAAAGUAUUGUAUUUUUAGUUGAUAUGUUAAAACACAAGCUUAGACUGAUGACCAGCAUCCCUAACACAAUGUCUCACUGUUUUGUCACUUGAUUGUCAUUUUUAAUUUUAUGGUUUGUAAAAAUUCACUGGAAACCUAAAUUUGAGGCAUUUGAUUAAUUUCAAAUGGAAGUGUGAUGCAUGUUGAGUCACACCAACAUAAGAGACAAGAAUGGAUUUACACUGGACUCAUAAGAGAAAAUGUUUUGAAAAUGGUCACUUGGUGGCGCUAUCUACACAACAUGAGCUACUCCAGCAUUAAAGCAGUGCUCUGUCCCAGUAGUACUGCAGUAGAAAUACUCUGUAGUACUACUAGGAUAGAAAAAAGAUCAAACCUUAGUGUGUUGGUAAGAAAAGGAAGACUUGAUCCUGUUGUAGACCUAAUCCUGUUUGUUUUUAUUUUGUAUGAAUCUGUCAUUACUGUGAAUCUGCAGAGCAAAAUGGAACAAAAGCAAAAUAUUUUUCUGAUGUAAUAAACAGUAGUUCCAGUAAAGUUUAACUACCUCUGA